AUGCGGCGCUGCAUGGCGCGCACAUACUUGAGCACGUCCUCCAGGAAGGUGGCGGUGUUGGCGCGCUCCGAGUGGGGGACCACCUCGCGCAGCGCCUCCAGGCGGUCAUUUAUGCGCGAGCGGCGCCGCGCCUCUGCCUGCUGGUGGCGCGAGGCGUAG